AUGCCAAUAAAAAGGCUGAAUCCUCAAGUUGGGUCUGUGUACAUUAAUGCAAGCCCCCAGCGGCACCCGUCUCUCCUGCCCUGGGUCCAGGCCUUGCUUGUUCGCUGGUUUGUGUACUUUUUGGCUGAGUGUUGGGCUCAGCUCCAUGGCUUGACUGACACAAAAGCGUUCCAGCGUCAGAGACUGAGAGAGACAAACGAGCAAUUUGCCAGGAAAUUAUCCUUUGGGAUUCCUCGUCUCUCCAGUCGGUUUAAUUGGAAGGCUGCAUCGAAGCAGGGCCCAGCUGAGCAAGCUCGGAGCCAUUCUGGUCUUGCAAACGUCUGGAGUUGUGCUGUAAAACAAGAUGAUAAACGACAUUAUGAUUCUUCCUUAUAUCUGAGAGCUGGAAAAUUCACUCCACCUUGGAGCUCUGACCACGUCCCCUCCGUGCUCCUGCUCCCCAGGGCUGCAGCCAGGACUUCUGCCAACGCGUCUGGGGGCUGUGUGUCCCUCCCAGCCGCAGACACAGAUCCUCCUGCCCACCUUGAGCGGGUGCUGUUGUCCUCUGCGUGGUGCAGAUGGUGUCCAAGUGUUUCCAGAUACCACGGCAGAGCUGAUCAGAGGAACCCCUGGAUCACCAUCCUGUACAGGGUGAGCGCUGCGAAGGUCAGGAGCUGUCAGCUCAGCUGCCUGCCGACCGAUUCACCCGCUUGGGCUGGCUGCGAGGCUUCCUCGGCACCUGGAAAUUUCCAGCCUUUCCCAAGCCCAUCGGCAAUGCAGCCAGCUCCGCUGCCGGCGGCCGGCCGGGAACACCUCCCCGGUGCUCCUGCUGAAGCCCCGCUGCGGGAUAUGGUCUCCAUCCCUGCAGGGCGGAGCGGGGCCGGGGGCGAAGGCAAUUGCUUCCAGCAGCAAAUCCUCAUGGGGACCCACAAACCCCGCUGCUGCCAGGCGCCCUGGUCUCUCCUGGAUCCCCUCCUCUGCUCAUGCAAAACCUAUUAAGCCAAGAAGAGCCUCGAGUAUUCCCCAAAUGAGUCAUUAACCAGGUCCUGGUAACAGGUGUUCCUUUAAAAAGGCCUCCGAAGUCUUCAGAAACAAGGGGAGCGGGAGUGCUUGGCUUUAAUCAUACACCAAAAGCAGAUUCAUUUUCACAGCGGGAUGGCAAGCUGCCUCUUCCGAUAAAAACACACAGUACCGUGGGGAGGUGUGUGCUCCGGUUCCAGCUGCAGAGGGACCGUGUGCCCAGCCGGCGCUCUGCCUUCACCACUUGUAAUUUCUUAAUCUAGUUUUGGAAUAUUUUAUUACUCCCGGCUCUCAUCUGCUUUUUGUUUGGCGUGGCGCUCCUUCUUCCCUCCUCCCUUCUCGCUCCAAUUAAAUUACGUGCUGCAACCCAUGGCUUUCACCUGGGGCUGCUCCACCUUCUGCUCAUCCGUCUCGGCACGCGAUGCCAGCCAGCGUGGCGUGCCCGGGGCUGGGGGGCAGAAAAAGGGACUGUGUGGCAUCCUCCAGGCCAUGGUCCCUGAUGGAGAUGCUCUUCUUUUAGGCAUUCCAAACCAUGGGAGUCCCGGUGCUGUGCCUGCAUCCCAAGCCCUGCUCUGAUGGGCACCUUCACCCCCCUUUGGGUUCCCCGGCCCAAAGUCCAAGCACGGGGGUGAGUUCAGCCCCGCCGGGGGAGUAGCAUGAACCGUCUGAAAGCAGAAUCGGUGUUUUCUAAGUUGUAUCAGAGAAUCUGCUCCUGUCUCUGCAGUUAUCCUCUAAAAAAAGUCGUUAUUUCCAAGCAAGUGAUGGAUGUGACAGCAGGAAUGCCCCCCGCCGCCGCCCCUCCUGCUGCCUGGCUCUGCCUUCCCUGCCCCAAGGUUUUCGCCUGCUUUUGUCCAUCUGCCGCAGCGAGGACGCUGUUGGGGACAGGCAGUGACGCUGCUGGGGCUGCGAACUCAGCUGUUGAUCAGACACUCCCCAUCUUCCCGGUCCUUCCCUGAGGACCGCAGCCCACUGAGCACGAGGGACCGAUGUGGUGUGCUGGCUCCGGCUGCUCAUUCCAGCAAUUACCGGAGUAUCCGUGCGGUGGGGGAAAGAUUUAGGAGCUACAAGUGAAGAGGGGAGGGGGUGGCUCAGGCAGGGAAGGUGGAUUUGGCACCGUUCAUGCCCCUGCAAGGAGGUGGUGGAGCCAAAAUGUCCUUUGAGCCCUGCAUUUGAGCCCAUCCGGGCCGUCCCAAAUGAUAUUGGCUCUAUUCCCCAUUUCCUGCUAGCCGGGAGCCCAUCCCCAAGGAGUCAUGGCUGGGCUCUGCUGCCUUCCAGCCAUGCGAAGGGGCUGGAGGUGGCUCCCCAUGCCACACUCCCGUCCCCAUCCCCUGCACCGCUGCUCCCUGUCUCCGCUGUGUUUCCACUUUGCUGCUCGGCAUCCGCAGGUGCGGGUGCACCCAUCGAUUCCCCGACGGCUGCGCAAGACGAUCCCAUGCAGCCGGUGCCGGAGCCGCCCAGUGAGUCCCCCCGCCACCCCCUCCUCCGCUCUCAGGGCCGUAUCCCCGUGGGAUGCACCCCUUGGGGGCUGAUUUAAGAGCCACGAGGCUGCCUUUGCAUAGAAGUUAUUAAGAAGUCACCCAAAGCCACCCAUCCCGCAGCCUGUCAUAACCCCGGGGGUCCCUUCCCGGGGUCUGGAUCCUCUGAAAUCGAUGUCGAAGGUGUGGAGCAGCUGAGGGAGGCGGCAGGGAGAGGCUGUUGCGAUGCAUCGGCUUGUUCUGGAAAGGGGCUGUGGCCACUUUUCUGCAGAGAAAGACGGAGAAUUUUCCGCAUUUUUAUUAACUUGAAUUUUAGCUGAAGAAACGAGAGGGGGUAAAGACACUAAGGAUGUUUGGCAGCUGAGCGCAGACCCCUUCCUGCCUCCCGAUGGCUUCUCAGCCACAGGGAUUCGAGCUUUUGAUUUCAUUUUGCUGCCACCAAUAAAACACACGUCGAAGGGGA